AUGGGCGCUGCAACGUCGACAGGCUUGGUGGAUUCCGUGGUGGAUGGAGACAUUCAGCAGCUCAAAACCAUUCUGCACAGCCACGAGGGAGACGCUAGCGAUGCAAGUGACUCGUCCUUGUGGGAAUUAGAGCUGGAAGAAGCUGUACAUACAGUUGUCGCCUCGGAACUCGAGUCCGGGCAGCAACUUCAGCAGCUUCAGAUCGCCUUGGAACUACUGCUACAUGCUCGACCGGAAGCUUGGAGUUCCACAGCUUCCAGUCAAGAUUUGAGUGAAGUCAACGGCGCGAAGAACUCGGCAGGGUGGACAGCUUGUCAUCGAGCUUGUGCGACGGGGAAUUUGGCCUUUGUGGCGUUCGUACUGCAGCAUUACCCAGCGCAAUUCGAGAUCCAGACCCGCGACGCAUUCGGUCUCUUCCCGAUCGAUUUGGUGCCUCCAGAGCUGCUUAUGAGCGCUGCGGAGAUCGUCGAUAAUCUCCAUGGGGAACCUGACGCAAAGACGCCCAAGACGGCACGUACUCGUCGAUGUAUCUCCCUCCAGCGUCUACGAGAACGCAAGACGCAGCUACAAGACGAGCAAGUGCGUCGACUAAUCGGUAAAGCAAAACGUGAAGCUCCAGACAACCAAGACGAAGAAAAUCGUCAAGUUGGUGAAUUUUACAUUACAUUUGAGCCGACACGCGAGCAUCUCUCGGCUGACCAAGCCUGCAACAUGGGACACGUUCAUGAACGUAGCGAGGUCUUGCGCGUAACGUAUCGCUUGCCACGUAGUGAGGCUUUUUUAAAUGGCUACUUCCAGCUCAUUUGGCGAGAACUCGGAGACGCUCGAAGCGAAGAGCCGAUUUAUGACCCUCAGAUCACGAGACUUCGUGACGAGAACUCAAGUGAAGAAGCUCCUCUUCAGGCAGAGGCUCAUAGUAGCCAAGAGGAGAUGAAGGAAGUGUCCGUUCCUCGACCUCUUGAAGACCCUAGCUCAGGCUCCGUGGUGGAAGGUUGUGUCCCGGUUGAUGUGAACCACUUGCCGGCUGACAGCGUCUGCCACGUCCUGUUCAUCACUUGUGACCGACAUUUGCUCCACCGCACGAUCGCGUUGAGCACGGAGGGGCUCGCGAUUCAAACUGCAGAUAUUGACAGUGACGACGACUUCUCGGACUCGACAAGAUACACGUUCUUCGUCGGAGGUGAGGAGUUCUCGCAUCCGAAUUCCGUGUUCGCGGGACAGAGUUUCCCGGACGUGGAAGCUUUCGAGAGUUUUUUACGAGACUUGAGAGGGAAAAAGCAACGCCAAAGCAGGAUAUGA